AUGUCCUCUGAACAACUCCUUGUAAGGCAUGUCAGGGAUAAUCUAAUCACUCACAAACAUACAUUAGAAGAAUUUGCCCAACUAGUGGCGCAACACCAUCGAAGUAAACACGAGUCUGAGCCUGAUGAAGCUACUAUAAAAGAUUGGUAUACGAAGUACGAGCAACAGGAUGACGCUGCCUUACAACUAUCGGAACAGAGAAUUGAAAAUUUCUUGAAUGAUGCUAGACAGGCGCAAUUGCUCGAACUGGAGAAAUCACAACUUGCUGAGUCUUUUUCUUUGGAAGAUGUCGUUAACAAGCUUUAUCAUGUGGACCAAUUGUUAGAUAAAAGAUUGGCAUACAUGAAUGAAUCUAUGAAGGAUAAUGUAACAGAAUUACAAAAAUUCAAUGAAUUGUUGGAGUUAGCCAACUCCACUAAAACGGAUGAUGACGAAGAUAUAAGCUCCUAA